GGGGUAAGAAAAAAAAAGAACAAUGGCAGCCUCAGCCGCGGCCGCAAGAGAAGAAGCAUCAAAGAGCGUGAUCCUACACCAUGGUUCUUCUCCUCCUCCCCAAAAUCCAUACCCGUAUCUUGCUUUCGUCCAUGGCGAAGAAAAAGAAAACCAAACCUUCUACGACGUUACAUCCUCAGAACCCGAAACCGGAUUAUACCCGAAAUCCAUACCCGAAUUCAAGAACGAACCGGAAGUUAUCUCAUCUCAGGGCUGGUUAAUUUUGUAUCACUUGCCGGAGGAGGAAUCGUCGUCACCAAUGGAGUUGGAGCUGCAACUUUUGAAUCCCUUAACUUCAGAAUCCUUUCACCUUCCUCCGCUAACUUUACGGCCAACUAGGUUUUUAAGGGUAAUAUUGACAAAACCACCCACCGACCCUGACAGCGUUAUCCUCGUAUUCGCCACCGGCAGGCCUCAUCCUCCUUGCAUUAUUUUCCGCUAUGUUCAAGAUGAGGAAGAAGCUUGGACCUACAGAUCUUGCGACAAAGAUUUCGAGCUCAUCGAUCCGGAGAAUCCGGGAGUCUGGCAUUGGGAUCUUCGCCCUGUACUCUGCAAGGAUAGGAUCUACGUUCAGAAUUGUCGAUCUGAAAUGGCGGAGAUUGAGAUUGUGAAACCCAGAGAGUUAGUCAUCAGGCCUUUCGAUUGCGACCCUCCUCCCUCUUAUUCUCUAGGAAGCUACCGAUAUAUUACAGAUUGGGCUGAAUGUUGUGGCGACCUUUUUAUGGUCAAAAUUGAGCUUGGGGGAAUGGGUUUUAGCGAACUGAUCAGCGUCACUGUUUUUCAAUUGAAUUUCGUCGAUUUGGUUUGGGAUGUCGUCCACAGUCGUCCCGAUGUUGCUUUUUUCCUGUCUUGGACCGGCGGCCAAGCCAUGGCUUGCCCGAUUGCUUCACCUGAUUCGGACAGAGUAGGGAACCGAGUUUACUUCGUUACCCAGGACGAGGAGAAUAAUUCUAGAUCAUUUUACACAUACCAUAUUGAACGGAAGACACUCUUGGUUUCUUUGUUGAGCAUCACCAAGCUUUUCGGGUCACCACUUUGGAUACACAUUCCGGACGCUCAAGCCAUUGCAAAAGCUAAGCAGGAGUAUCAGACUUAUUGUGAAACAAGAAAGGUAGAAGAACCAGAAAAGCGACUCUCAUUGAUCAGGGGACCAAAAAGAGUUAGCUUAAAAAACAAAGAGGCUGAGGAGGAGAAGGGUGACUCUGCAGUACUAAGAACAAGGUUAGAUGGUCUCCCUGUUGCGCUGUUGGGGAAGAUAAUCUGUUCCCAUUUGGUCAAUCCUGUAGAUUACUUAAGUUUUCGAUCUGUUAGUAAGUUGUAUCGUUCGAUGUUUCCUACAAGCGAGUGGAAAAUCAGAGCAUCAACUCGUGAUCAUUUGGAUUUACAGAGUAAUAGCACUCCUCCCUUUCUACUGACUCCUUCCAUGGUCGAAGGUGUUAGUUACAUGCUAGAUUCCGUCACUCAGAACAUGUACUACAUGAGGCUACCUCAAAUUAAAACCUCUGGGGAGGACUUCAGGAUUGUUUACUCUGCAUAUGGGUGGUUGUUAAUGGCUAAAAAGGUUUAUUCGGAGGAGAGAGGCCACAAGGUACCCCUUCUAAAGUUAUACAAUCCCUUAACAAAGUCUACAAUAUGCUUGCCUGAAUUGCCUGAAAUAAUGAUAAACUUCUUCUUAUCUGCUUCCCCUGCCUCCCCAAACUGCACUGUUUAUGCGAUAUCAACUUGGGAAAGGGUAUUUUAUUCCAUUCGACUAGGAGGAGAUAUGAGCAAUUGGGUCCAAGGAGCUGUAAUCCUAGACCUAGAGAAUGAAGAUAAUUCCGUAACCUAUGCAGAACAAUCCCAUACUUAUGCGGUUUACUUGGAUAGAUGCUUUUACAUUCCAGGUGGAGAUGGAGAACUAAGAGUUUAUAGGUUGGAAGAUUCUGGAAAUUAUGCAUUUACAAUGCAUGAUCUUAAAUUACCAUUUGAAAGCUCGUCUUUGGAGCAAAAUUUUCUGGUGGAAUGUGGCGGAGAUGUUGUUUCGGUGAUGGUCGGAGAAUGUUUUAGAUGGUUGAAAGUCUUCAAACUGAAUCGGUCAGAACUGGGUUGGGAAUGGGAGGAAGUGAAGGACUUGAAGGAUAAGAACUUAUAUUUAUCUACCAUGUCAGCUGUGAUCAGAGAUGCUGAAAUUCCAAAGAUGGGAAACAGGAUUUAUCUUCCAAGAUUCUAUCAAGAUUCAAUUGUGUAUUAUUCUCUUAAUACAUGCAAAUUUCACUGCUCAAACAGUAAGGAAGAUGAGGAAGACGAGGACGCACCGAUGUGUUACAAUGGGUCAGAAGAGCAAUUGUAUUGUUGUUGGUUUGAACCGAGCUGCAAUUAAGAAGUUGUUUAAACACCAUCUAUUCUUCACCCCCAAUAGUUCUUUUCUUUUUCUUUGCUCAAGUUGUUAUAACAUUCCAAUUUGCUGAAGUCGUCAUAUAUGGUGGAUGUUUUGUUCUAUAAUGUUACUGGAAAUUAUACUAAUGAUCCUCAAAAUUUUGAGGAAACCACAAGAAGUACAUUUCUUCUUAAGUUAUACAUGA